AUGAAACAAGCUCUUCACUUGGAUGACACCACUGAGGAAGAGACACACCAAGGACUUUUGAGAAGAGUCCGAAAGCAUUUUCAACACAAUCAUUCAAAUUUGUCCCUUCUCUCCCUAACAUGCAUCUGUAUAUUGGUUCUAUUCGAAGUCAUGUGUCUUCUCAGUGCCAUGAUCUUCCUCACCAAUCGUAACAUGUUCUUUUUAACAAAACAACAUAAUAAUAUUGAGCAACCCAAACAAGAGUCAUCCAACGCACAAUCCUAUCAACCACCUCCAUUACCUCUCUAUCAAGAAAUACCUCAACACCAAUCUCCCUCCACUCAACCAUUUCCAGUAGCACCUCCAAAACCAUUAAGUCAUGUUCAGAUCGAAGAAUGUGUCAGGAUGGAACAAGCAGAAAUGUUAUAUCUCUUUAUUAAUUAUUCCGAUCAUCCACCAGUACUUGGACAACGAUAUCUAGAGAUGGAAACUGCAUGGCCAAAGUUUUAUCCUUCGACGGUGAAUGUCAAUGUCAAUAACGCAUCGAAUUUCAGAACAGUGCAGUCUCCACACGAACAGGACAGUGGUUCUUCUUCCUAUUCUUUCCUCCCAUCUUCAACUUCCUUGUCCACUCCAAAUAUACCCUCAAAAGAAUAUGAAACAAUGAGUGAGAGUAAGAACUCUGUUCCAUCGAAUCAGGUAAAGGAAACAGAAUUUCGAACGUAUUUUGAACAACACAAAAUAAUUUUCCAAUUCAUGAGUUUUCAAUCUCCUCUGAAUGAAGAUCUGGAUGCAUGGAAGAAUUCCAUGAAUGAACUCAAUUUUGUCAUGAAUGCAGACAAAUAUGACGAACGGAACAUGAAGAAUGAACAUCACUUACCCAUUUGGCUUCGAGUAUUUCAAAGAACACAACCAUUACAUCAAGUACUGCAGGCCAUUUGUCACGUUCACAACAUUAACGAAUCCAUUCUCAUUGUUACCAUCGACGGUAAUGGUUUUUUUGAUGUCCUUCAAGAAUUAACGAAAGUACAAUGUGUGAAAAUGAGAAUUUACUUUCAUGCCUUUCAUACCAAUUUGAAAACUCUCCUCAACAGUUAUGAACCCAACUUGUUUGAUGUUGGAAUGUUGUUCAAGAAAUCUGUCAAAUUAUUAACACAUGCCAUGUAUGGUCUGUAUUUGGCCUUUGUCAAAUACCAAUAUCCAUAUGUCAUUACUUUGGAAGAUGAUAUCCAACCAUUACCUGAUUUUUACAAUUAUCAUCGAUCCUUAUAUACUCUCACGUUAGAGGAUUCACCUCAAAAUCCUUACUAUACUGUGUCUGCGUAUGCUCAUGGUCGGUAUCAUCACUGUCGAUACAUUUCAGGAUCUCUCUUCUCUGAAAAGCUCUUUUCCAAACACGAAGAACAAGAGUUUGAAAACCAACAACGACAAAUCAAAGAAUCUACCAAAACCAUUCAAUGUCGAAUGCAAGACACUGAUCAAUUAGUAUUGGAACAAUACCACGCCAUAUGGGGAAGUGGAAUUCCACGAAGAGUUUUCCAGAGACUUUGGCAAGUAUGGAUCUCUGCCACUGUGUUAAAGAAACAUUCACAAUACUUUUUAGGAGUUUUAUUAAGGGAUUUGAGACAACCUCAUGAAAGAACCAUUACACCAUGUUCGAAUCGAAUUACACGAUUAGCCAAUACGGGUGAAAAUGGAGAGGAUGAUAACAAUGAGAGACGAUAUUGGACGCUUUCGGCUGCACCUUGUACCAAGUAUCAAAAUGAAUCAAGUGUGAAAUUUUGGAAAUACUCUCAACGAAAGUAUCAAAUUCUGAAUGAAUAA